AUGGCCCAGUAUCUAUCCGAUGGUACUAUUGCCGCUAUUGUUGUAGGGGGGACCCUGACUUUGGCAAUUGUUGCAUUCGUGGUCUGGAUAUGCAUCCAGCACAGGAAGAAGAUCUGGAAGACGCAUAGCCCAACAAUUCUUCCUACACGCCUAGUUCUCCCAGAAGAGACACGAGAAUUACCCGAAAUUUGCUCCCAAGCGGAUCGCACCAAGUCUGCGUCCUGGCUCGCGUAUCAAGAUAUUUGGGACCCGAGGGAGACUUCAUCACAAGGUGUCCGAUCUCCGACACCAAAACCUGCUCUAGCAGAGGUGAAGAGUUAUACCCGCGCCCGGCAACGGGCUCAAUUGUGCAAUGUUGGAGGAAGAAGACGGCCUGUUGCUGAGUUGCCAGGCUCGGAGAUGAUUUGGGUUCCCACUCAGUUGAAUAUCUCACCGAUGUCGCCGAUUUCUCCGACAGACUCGAUGGCUCCUAAAAGCAGGCUUGCCAGCCCGAUGUUUCACCACCCGCGGUCCGGGCCCAGCUUACGGCCCAGUCGCGAGGAUGGAGUCUCAGACCUUCCAAAUGCUGCGAGUCAGAUCAGCAGAUGGCACCCUCGCCAUUCAAGUUCUCCUCUCGAUACCACGCCAAACGGCAGCUCGAGAAAUAUUCCCAAUUGCGAGACAAGGUCCGAGAGGGAGCGGUUCAGGAUUUCGAAUGAUUAG